UCUAUGCGGUUGUCGCUUGGAGGGGAAUUGUGCUCCUGUGAGCGCGCCGAGUUGCCUUGUGCGGGUUUGGGGAAUGGCAGUUAAGGGCUCAGGCAGCAGGAACCAGACAUCAUGGUUCAGCUGGGGCACUGCCUCCUGAAAAAGUACUACAAUGCGCAUACCGUCAUCCGCUUUGCUAUGGGUGGCUGUGCCAACAGGCCUUACUUUCGGAUCGUGGCCGCACAGAACAAGCGAGCCCGGGACGGGAAGCACUUGGAGCAGAUUGGGUGCUACGACCCGCUUCCCAACGACCACAACGAGAGGAUCGUUGGUGUGAAUUUCGAGCGGCUAAAAUACUGGAUUGCCAAUGGCGCCCACCUCACCAAGCCCGUCGAGAAACUUCUGGGGCUUUCUGGAUUCCUCCCCCUGCAUCCGAUGACCAUCACAAACGCCGAAAGAGUGAGGAAAGCACAAGCCCAGCAGGCUGAGAGGGCUGCUCAGGAAGAAGCAAGUUCAGCUCGGAAUGAAUGAAGAGCAAUGUGUGGGGCUCUCGCUACCAGCUCAGAAGGCAGUGCCAGGAUGAAGGACAGGAGAAGCGAGCAGACACAGGCUCUGUCUCAGCUUGCAACAUGAUAGAGCCACAGCCUUCUUCAGGUUUGGUGACGUGUGGCCCGCCAGAUGCUCUUGGACCCUCCUCAACCCCUGCCAGAAUGACCAGUGGGCAGGGAUGAUGGGAGCUGGAGCCACUUCCACGUGGAGGGCUGCAGCUUCCCCACCCCAUGGCCUAGCUCACAGCCUGACUCGACAUAAGUGUUGUGACACCUGCUAGGCGAGGUACUUCCAGUAACGUGAGAUGGGAGCCUUUGCAGGACUGCAACUCCCAUGAUCCCUGUCCACUGCCUUUGCUGCCAGUUGGGCAUUUAUCAUCAUCCAACCAUCCUGCUCCCAUCUUUAAAAAUUCAGUUCUUUCUUUCUCCAUCCCUUGGCCAGAUUUAAUGCUUCCUUGGUGUGCACAGUCACUGCCUUGUGAUAUACUUUAUUGGGGGAAAGGCUUUCCUUCUGGACCACUUUGGCAGAGGAAUGUUAAUGGACUGAUGAGAGGGAAGGGAAGUUUUCCAUCUACGCACCUGCCUGCUGAUCUACCUCCUCCCACUAAAAAGGUGCAAAAUUCAGCUUUCUGGUAAAUAAAUAAAUAAAAAAGUU